AGUACGGAAGCUACAAUGGUAGACCGCUGUACAUAAACAAAACCAGACAGCAGGCAGUAUGUAACACGUACAGGCAGUACAACACAGGUGCAGCCUCAACAUUAUUUAAUUACUGAAGUGACGGAGCUAUGAAAUAGAAAUGAAUGGAUAUGCAGAAGACGGGGACUACAUUGUAGAUACUUGGUUAUUGGACACAGAUUUCAGUUUUGAAUUUGGAGAGCACCAGGAUUUGCCAAAAUUAAACAAGGAACAACUUAGAUUUAUUCUUGCGGUUAAAGCAGGAAAAAUAAAAUAUGUUGCUGCCAAGAUAGCAGAGGGGUUUGAUGUCAAUUUUUGUACAGCCUGGAGGGGGAACCCCCUGUGCACUGCAAUAGAAAACAGUAGACUGGAUAUUGCCAAGUUGUUACUAGACAGUGGAGCCCAUACAGAGAAUGCCCUGCAUUUAGCAUGCUUGAGGAGUAACAUUGAUUUGGUGUCAAUGCUGCUGUCAUAUGGAGCUAAUCCCAAUGCUGUUGGACACGGAGUGGGAGAGGACAUUCCAGCCUGUUUUAUAUUUGCACUACACGUGGCCCAGCCCUUGACGAUAGUGUUAAAAUUGAUAGAAGCAGGUGCUGAUGUAAAUGCGAUGUGUUGUCAAACUCUGUGGACACCACUGCAUCUGGUGUGUAACAGUCCUGCUCACAGUGCUGACAUAGUCCAGGCCAUUCUCAGAGCUGGAGGUAUGGCACAUCACAGAGACAAACACACGGGAUGGACUCCUCUACAACACGCAGCAAUGCGGUCUGACAGAAAAAUAAUUCAACUUCUCAUCGCAGCUGGUUACCCUAUACACAGGGAAGUGAUGCCUUUAAAAGACCUGCACCCCAGCUUGCUGAGUGAUCUUGAGUUGAUUAAUUUUUUGAAACAGGCUUGGAGCAAUCCAUACUCAUUGAAGAAGCUCUGUGCAGCAUUGAUAAGAAAAUGUCUUGGGGGCUGUAAAAUGCAAGAUAAGCUCCUUCAGUUACCGCUCCCAAAAUACUUGAUGAAAUAUGUAGCUCUUGAAGUCUUACUUUGAGUUUUGAUGCCAAGUAUAAUUUUGUGCAAUAAUUUCUAUAAUUUACAAUCUUUUAGAACCACAAGUGCAAUUAUUGGUACUAUUUAGUGUGGUUGUAAUGUUGGUGUCAUGUAUGUUGUAACUUGAAGUUGUUAUUUUGUUGAACUGUAGAAUCAAGCCUUUGGUAAAAGAGAUUCAGGUCCAAUCUCUGUUUUUUACAUUUUAAAUGGUUUUUAUACUAUCUGCCAAGCUGUUGUAUUUCCUGUAUUGCUUAAUUUUAUUGGCAUUUUUAAGUAACAUUUGAAACUCUCUUCUUUAUAAAUAUUUACAACAUUACCUCUGUCCAUUGCGCAGCAUUGUGUAGUUGAAUUUGGCGUGCAAUAUAUUUGCCAAUAUGUAAAAUCGUUCUUAAAUACAUGUACGUGUAGUAACGAUUUAUAUUGACUGUUGAAACUCUGGUGGUAAGCCACCUUAAAAACUGAAAAUUUUGGAGUUGAUACAGACCAAUAAAGCAGCAAACCGUCA